AAAGGAAAAGAGCAAACGGUUCUUUAUGAAAGCGCCAACAGAAGCCUAUGCUCACCCCUGAUCAAGUCCAAGGCCCAAAAUGUUGGGUAUUUCCUACGGAGAGCUCUUCCUCUUGAUCGGAGCCACAGCUGCUCUAGUCGGACCAAAGGAUUUGCCUAGAAUUGCUAGAACAGCGGGGCGGCUAGCGGGUCAGGCAAUCGGGUAUGUUCAGUUAGCUCGUGGCCAAUUCGAAAAUGUUAUGCAGCAAUCUCAAGCUCGCCAGGUUCAUAAAGAACUUCAAGAUGCUUUGGCACAAUUAGAGUCGAUUCGAUAUGAAGUUCGAAGCAUAUCACUUGUGAAUCCUGGUCCUCUGACUCGAAAGCUGAUGGACAAACCUCAAGACCUGGCUCCUACAGGGGCCAAUAGGUCACUUGAGAAGCCCAAGGAAGAGCUGAAGUCAACAAGUACUGUGCUGAAGGAUAGAACCCCAGAGUCAGUUCAUUUGCAUAGCUAAGCAACUGCUUAUGAAAGAUUGGCUGAAUCUGAUGCCGUGAAGACUGGCUCUUUGAAGAGAAGUACAGAGAAAGAGAACCUUAGUGAUGAAAGUGGUCUUUUUGCUGUUCUCCCAGUUUCAGCUGAAAGCACU